AUUAUUACGUUAUCACUGUAUUUUGUUUACGUAUGUGUAUCCAGUCAUAUUUUACGUCAAUGUAAAAAUAAACAUUACAAGUCAUUCGUAAUUUCGGAAAUACACGUAGAAUAUAUGGUUUUGUUUAUUACUUAGCAUCGAAUACUUUAUCGACAGAAUCAUGAGUGAGACUCAAGAUGACAUUGUUAUUGACGAAGUAAUAACAGUUGAGGGACCAGAAGCGAAGAGUGACAGAGCAGAGUUUGCGAAGGUGGUCUUCCACAACAUAGCAGAGACCUAUCCAGAGGAUGCCCACAUUGAAUGCAACUACACAGUGACCUCUGACCUGGUGCCCACGACCCGUGACUGGGUGGCCCUGUACAAGGUGGGAUGGAUGAACCCACGGGACUACUACUACUAUGAGUGGGCACCUAUGCCCAAGGACUACCAGGAGGGGAAGGAUGCAGAGGCUAGUGUGCUCUUUCCAGCACAUAAGCUGCCCAAAGAUGAUGGCGAGUUCUACCAGUUCUGCUAUGUAUCCAGCUCUAAACAGAUCCGUGGGGCCAGCACGCCGUUUCAGUUUCGCAGGCCUGGGUCGGAGGAUUAUGUGGAGGUGGAGGAUGAGGAGACAAACAUGCUUGUGAUCCGCUCCAAGACAAUCUUCCUAGAAGAGAGCCUUCAGAAGGCAGAGACUCAGAAACUCAAACUCAAAGAGGCACAAGAUGCUCUGCAAAAAGAACGAGACAGCAUCAUCACAAAAUACCAGGAGACUAAGCACAGGCUGGCUGCUAUAGAAACGGAAAAUGUGACCUUGAAAGGUCAGGCUGCCAAGCAUGAGGAGCAGGUCGCCCAGCUGAGGUCAGAGGUCAAGAAUAUGCUGACCUUGAAAGAUGAAUUGGAGCUUAAGAUACAGAAAAUUGAAGAGGAGAAAGAUGCCAUUAUGGAGGAAAACAAAACCAUUUUGGCAGAUCUGGAAAAGAUGCGAAGUGAGAUGAAGCGUCUGCAGAAUGAGAAGGAUGAACUGUCCGGCAAAAAUGCUGCAUUGGAGGAACAGGCAGAAAUGUACAAGAGUCACUACACUAAUUCGGAGUCAAACAUGGAGCAGUACACGCGCCACAAUGAGGACCUGCAGAUCCGGCUUGCCCAGCAGGACUCGCUGGUGGACCACCUCAAGGACACGGUCCAGAAACUCACCGACGAACUCGAUGACAACAAGCAAAAUUUGGACCAGCUCACGGCCAUCAACUUGCUGGAAAAGGACCGUUCUAACGAGUUACGUCAGCAGUUGAAGACAGUUGAGGACCAGCUAUCGGCUGCAGAGGAGAGGAAGUGUAUCCUGCAAAAGGAAAUCACUUCCUACAGGGACACUCAGCAGGAACUGAGCAGACAGAUUGAGAAAUCUAAGACAGAGUGUGACAGUGUGAAGCACAAGCUGUGUGCUCUCGAGGAAGACUUCACCAAGAAGACUGUCAUUCAGAAGACCGAGAUGGUGCAGCUUUCUAUGGAUCUGCAUGCUGCUAUCAAGGAGAAGGAAAAGAUGCAGACGGAGAAUGAGGUUCUGCAUGCAGAGUUGUUUACCCACCAGGAGAGCUCGGAGGUGAAGGUGGGGUCGAUGUCCAUCAUGAAGCAGUCCCUGACCCAGAUCAAGGACAGGCUUGAGAAGAAGGAGAAACACUGCAGGAACCUCGAGAAAUCCAUGAGAGGCAGAGAGGAUGACUUCCUUACUCGAGAGCGAGAGAUGCGUCGUGAGAUAGAGGACCUGAAGGAGAAGAUCUACAUGUGCUCUGAGGAAUACAAGGCCAUCUACAUCGAGAAGUCCAGGCUGCAACGGAAACUGGAGAAGGCCGCAGGGCGCAGGAAGUCCCGUUCAGACAGAAAAGACCCAAUGAUGGAAUCAGAUGCCAUGCAAAAAUCAGCACCACAUGAAGAUGAGGGGUCUGUGACUAGCAUGACGUCUGCCAUUGACCGACAGAUGGAGGAGCUCAAAAUGGAUCUGGACCAGAAGCUGACAAAGAAGGAGAAGUACAAGAACCUGUAUUUCUCUGAGCGCCGUCACCGAGAGAGCCUUGAGUGCGAGCUUAGUGAGAUGAACUCUGAGCUGGAGAGACUGAGGCAGCGCAACCCGGAACAGGCCACAUAUUCCGUGAAAAUCAUGGCUCUUGAGAAAUGUGUGCAGAGCAAAGAUGCAGAGAUAGAACAGUUGAAUCAGAAACUGAGAGCAUUAGUUCAAGGCAGACAUGAUGAGAGUGGGGCCAGCAUGUCAGGGGGCAGAUCCCCAAUGGGCCCCCCAGCACACUGCUACCCCUUGGCGUACCCCUACCCUUCACAGCCAUACCCCCUGAAUGUACCCCUAAAGUACCCGGGUGUGCCCCAAAAGUACCCCCAGUACCCUUUACAGCAGGCCCCAUACCCCCUACAACAGGCGUGUGUGGCCCCCAUUGUGUACCCAGGGCAGGCACAGUACACACAGCAGACCCCAUUGGUGUACCCCGGACAGGCCCCUCCCAUCCCCCCUCGGGACCUGAAGCCCUUUCCGCUGGAGCCUUGCAGACCCCUGGCCCCGGAGUUUGGGGUGGAGGGCUGUAAGGGGGCAGGUCCAGUGGAGACUGGGAUACUGCGCCCACUUCCUGCGCCAUUGGAGCCCGAGCGGACCCCAGCUGCAAAACUGGCCGCUGUGAAAUCAGCAUCUGUGCUGGAUGAAUUUGAUCCCCCCUGUCAGAGAAUUGAAAUGCAUAAAACUGAACAGAAGGAAGCUUCCGAAGACAGAUUCUUUGACGCCCAGGGUGUGCCCAUGAAGAUCUGCACAGAGUGUCAACAGACAUUCCCAGCAGACAUCCCUGAGGACGUGUUCCUGGAACACCAGGUGUCACACUUUGCCAUGCUGUGCCCACAGUGCAAAAUGACCAAGCCAGACGACAUGUCUGAACAUGACUUUAACAAACACGUCAACAGCCACUUUGAUCAACCAAUCAACCAUCUUGCCAGAGAGAUGCAUGGUGGAUUGGAAUUUGACUAAACAUGGGAUAGCGAUGGAUUGAACAUUUUAAAAAUAUAUUUUAAACAUGGCAAAAUAUGACCUUGUUUUGGGAUCAACUAUUGUCUGGUCUGUGUUUCAAGAGUUUCAAGGGGUUACUUCUGAAUUUAGAGUUAAAGAUGAAUGUUUAUAUAAUUGUGACUGAAAUAUUGACUUUUUUUGUUAUCUUUUGUGAAACAGUUAAUGUUGUUUAUUUUUUAUAUGUAAUAUGAUUCAUUCAUGGGUAAACAUGUACCUAUAAUGUCUAAUUAAUGCAAUUAAUUAGCUAGAAGAUUUUAUUGACAUCUGUGAAUUUUCUUGAAAAAUUGUGUUUGUUUAUCUAUUCUUAUGAUGCUUGGAUUCAAACUAUUCUGUAAACAAACGAAAUAAGUGAACAUAAGAAUUUCUUGUUUAGAAAAGAUUUUUAGCCAUGUUAAUUUAUUAUGAAGUAAUAAAUGUGAUAAUUUUAUAUAUUCAUAUGUGGUUUUAUUGUCGAUGUAUGUUUUUUUGUUUUUUUUUACACUAGUUUAAGACAAACAUGAUAUGAUGUUAAUCAUGUACAUAAUGGUUCUUUGAUAUAACCUGUUUUUAUUAUGACUGUACUUUAAUUAAAACAAUUUUAUAAAUGAUUGAUAUUUUUUGUGAUUCGUGUUUUGGUUUUUGCUUUCAUAUAAAAUAUACUAUUUGUUGGCUGUUAAUUGCGAUGUAACUUUAAUGUUAGAAAAUAUAUCAAUUGCUUUUAUAUGCAUAUAUCUUUGUCAACAGACAUAAAACAGGUGUUUCUUGCUAGCAGAUAAAUUUAUAUUUACAUCUUUGGUCGAAAUCAAGUUAUGUUGGUAUUGAGUGGAUACCCCAGUAUAAUAACAGAAGGAGCAUCCUUUUUCAAUAUUUCAAAAUUUAAAUUUCAUCAAAAUUUAAAUUUCAUAAUAUGAUUGUGUCUUACAAUAUUUAAUCAGAUAUGAUCCAGAUUGUUAACUUACUGGUAUCUACCUGCUUUAAUGAUCAGAUUAACCUUGUUUUGCUUUCGUCUUGGUUGGUCGUAAUCUCCUUGCAUUUAAUAUGUCUUUAUUUAAUUCAGGGGAACAAAAAAACACAUUUUAAUUAUAUAAAUUUACUCAUAAUAAUUGUAUGGAGUACUAGUAUUCAUUUGUAACUGGCUUUGGAUUCAUUUUGACAAAUCAGGCAGAUUGGGUUUUCCUAGCUGGAGUUAAACUUCAAUUUGAAUGGAACUUGUUAUAGCGGUAUGUUUUGUUAUUUCCAAGCACGUUCAAUAGCAAUAAGACAGAAACACAAUGGGUGAUUAAAAUCACUGUAUCUUAGAUAGAAAUGAGAAACAGCAUCAAGUUUCCUAAUUUUACUUAAAAUAAAGGAUUUCCACAAACUAAAUUGACAUGUGUACAUGUGUUCAAACUCCGCAGUCCCAUACCAAUAAUAUAUUUAAGUCUUCCAUAAGGCUUUAAAUAAUUUAAAAUUGUAGGGUUGAUAAAUUAGUUUCCCGGUGAUGAAUUAUAUUCCAUUCAGCUCUAUAAUCAGGAAAGUAAAUAUGGUUGAAGCUUAAUAGAGUUUGCUUUAUGUGGCAUAUUACUGACUUCUAACACAUGGGUACUGUUGAUCCUGUGAUUUUAGUCUGCCAUACAUUAUACAGUUAAAAAUGAAAAUUCUGUGCAUGUUUUUAGGAAUUGACACAGACAUCAUUAUACUUGUGGUUGUUCUUUUUUAACUGUACUAAAUGGAUAUGGGUCUAAAAUUUGAAGAAAAGUAUAUCUGUACUACAUUUAUGUACUGUACAAAGGAAAUUGCAUAGCAUUAAAAAUGCUUCCCAUGCAGAAACAUCUCUGAUACAAGAACAAGCAAUCAUAUUUCCCUACACACGGACAAAAUACUUGGGCAUACGCAGGUGGCCUAUGGUAUUAUACUUUGGUUAUUGGAUUGGAUGUGUGGCAACAUAAAAUUACUGUGUCUGCAGAACCUAUACAGUUAAUGCACUUUUUGUUGUUUAUAUUCUUGUUUAUUUCUUAGUUACUGCAUAUAUUUUGUUCUUUGAUAUUUUCUGGUUAUCUUCAUAUGAUCUUUAUGAUUUAUUACUAUAAAUUUGUUUUGUUUUUUUGUACUUUAAUCAAUGGACAUGAUGUUUUUGCUUAUGUAGGUUGUCGUUGAUUUUGUGUAAGUUUAUUUUGUGACACCUGUAUAGAGGUAAGCUUUGACAAUGACAGCAAUUUCUUCGAUUCGUUUGGACAAAUAAAGUAUUUUUUUAGGAAUUUGUUAAGAAGUGUAAGCAGAUGGUUACAUUUGUGUUUAAGCUAAAACUAUACUUGUCAUGGGGAUGUAUGCUUAUUUUAUGCACCUUUUUGAUUUGCUUGAUUUAUGUAUAAUAAAAAUAUUCAUGUGCUAGAUGAAAUGUUAAAUGAAUUCUAAAAAAUGUUUUCAUUUAUGUUUGCACUUUUUAUAUUAACAUAUUGUAUUUCACUUAUUUCUCAUUAGACAAAGUUUUGUCUUGUAGUGACAGACUAAGUUGUUCUUGUAUUAUUGUCGAUUGCUUUGUUGUUAUUAAUGGCACAUUUGCAAUGCGAGGUUUGCUUAAGUACAGGAUUCCUCAGCAGUGAUUUCAUUCCACUAAUUGGUCUGUUAGACAAAAAAUCGAAAUGUUAGAUGAUACAUGGAAUUGUGUUUGUACGCUCGUGCAUCGAAAAAAAGCCCAUACUAAUGUGAUUAUAAAUUGUGUAUUCAAAGAUGGAAAAAGACAUUUAAAUUAUGCAGGGAAACACAAUAAUAUUUAAUAAAUCAAUUAGCUAUUGUUUCUUUUUUUGAUCAUUUAUUGGUGUUAUAUAACUCUGAAGUCAACAGGUACAAAUAUUAUAUGUUAUUAUUAUUGCACAUUUUAAAAUGUUCAAAUCAAUUUACCUUUUAUUUUAUUUUUUAAAUAGCAAUAUUGUCCUGGAUAGAGUUACGUGUCACUAUAUUUGUUGGAAGAUUGUGCAUACAUGUUGUCAACAGUUCGUAGUAUUCAACAAGCAAAGGUUUUGAAUUUGUUUUAAGAAUAAUUGUGAUUUAUGAUUACUUUUUCUCGUUUUAAAUCAACUAAUUUUUGCAAUAUUUGUUGAUGAAUGAAGUCUGACUGAAAA